AUGGUCAGUAGCGCCUCUGGAGAUCAUGCUUCGGUAGCAGAAAAAGGUAUUCCUGCAGAGACAGUAAAUCAUGAGGGAGAAGCACUGGCAAGACUCGGCUAUGAGGAGGUGGCCAAGAGAGAUAUCGGACUCUUCACCAUUCUCUGUACAGGGUGGAAUAUCUGCAAUGCGUGGGCAGCUAUUGCCGCUACCAUCGCGAUCGCGAUUGCAUCCGGAGGUACAGUUACGAUCAUUUACGGUAUCAUCUUGGUCCUAUUCCUAGGCGGGUGUAGUGCCGCCAGUCUGGCAGAACUCGCAUCGGUAUAUCCUACGGCCGGUGGCCAAUACCACUGGACCAGCAUUCUUGCUCCCCAGAGAUUCACUCGUGGACUGAGCUAUGCAUGUGGCGCUGCGAACAUUUUCAGCUGGAUAUCAGUUUGUGCGGGCGUUUCUAUCAUCGUGCCACAACUAAUCCUAGCUAUGGUUAUUUUCUAUAACCCGGGUUACGAGCCACAGCCCUGGCAUUACUUCCUAUUAUAUCAAGCUGCGAAUUUCGCUAUUGCUGCCUACAACAUUUUCAUGCUUAAACGGACCUCCUGGAUUCAAGACUUUGGUUUCACCCUAACCACGUCAUCUUUUGUCGUUAUGGUCAUAACUUGUCUCGCUCGUUCAACUAACAAACAAAGCAGCGAUUUCGUUUGGACGGUGUUUAUUAACAAUUCUGGGUGGAGCUCCGAUGGGAUCGUUUUCCUUACCGGUCUGGUAUCGCCGAACUAUAUAUGCGCCGGCAUUGACGGAGCUAUUCAUCUUGCAGAAGAAUGUUCUAACGCCUCAGUCGCGGUGCCUCGAGCGCUGAUGGCGACCAUAGGCGUUGCCUUCCUAACAUCAUUCGUGUUUGCGGUUUCAAUGACAUAUAGCAUGGCAGAUUUUGACAAAGUCCUUGGAACAGCCACUGGUGUCCCCAUUUAUGAAAUAUGGCACCAAGCAACGCGCUCCGAAGCUGCUGCCACUGUUUUCAUGGUUCUUCUUCUAAUCGCGGUGCUCCUCUCCCUUAAUGCUUGCCAACAAACCGCCUCCCGCUUGACCUGGGCUUUUGCGCGCGACAACGCCCUUGUCUGCUCUAACUUUAUCAACCGUAUGCAUCCAACUUUACAUGUUCCUGUCUGGGCUAUCCUCGCCAACUGUUUCGUUAUCUUCAUCAUUGGUUGCAUCUAUUUGGGCUCUUCAACUGCUUUCAAUGCCCUCAUCGGGACUGGCCUUGUCCUGCAGCAAAUCACAUUCUCUAUCCCCAUUGCUCUAGUAUUAUACAGGAAACGGGCGUCUCGCUGGCUCCCUUCAGAUCGAAAAUUCAAUCUGGGCUUGUUCGGGUGGGCGGCGAACGUUGUUACAUGCGCCUUUGGCAUCUUGGUGCUGGUGUUUUAUGACUUUCCUUUCGUGAUGCCAGCUACGAGUGGGAAUAUGAACUAUACAUCAGCUGUGUUGGGAUGCAUGGCUAUUUUUACUGGGAUAAAUUGGAUUUUCUAUGCUCGGAAAAAAUAUCACGGCCCGCGAAUUGAAUAA